UUGUACCCAAUAUUCAAGUUUCAGCAAUCAAAUACAAGUAUUUACAAGUUCAAGUGAACGUUUUGCUUAUUCGCUCCUUUGAGGAUUCAGGAGGUUUGAGUGGUCUCUUAUCAACUAGAGAACGCGUCUAGUUGUGGCGAGCAUCGACGAUAUCGAUUGGCCUCUUCCACGGGUUCGAGAUUGUUUGGAAGGUUUCAUAUACCUUCUGGCCCUUCUCACGAGUUCGGAUUUGUUUGAUCGAUUCCGCAAGUAUCUGUAUUUUCGAGUUCAAGAAAGGCGGCAUCAAGAAAAUCAAGAAAGUCAAGAAAAUCAAGAAAAUCAAAGAAUCAAGAAAAUUAAGAAAAGAUCGUUUUCAAGAAAAUCAAGAAAAGAUCGUUGGAGCUGCGUACUUUGGUCUUAUAAUCCGAGUUCGAGGGUUAUCUUCGGAUUUGGAUCAUAUCAAGUGGUAUCAGAGCCUGGUUCAAACGCAGCGGAGAAGACAAAGAUUCUUGGAGUUCUUGGUAGUUCGGGAAGCAUUCUUGGAAAUCUUGAGCGUCAAGAAAGCAAAUCUUGAACGCUCUUGAGAGUUUCUUGUGUGGCAAGGAAGGUAUCUUGAAGACAAAGCAUUCGUGGGGUUCUUCUUUAGCAAGAAAUCAUGGUGGAACAAGCACAAGACAUUGCAGCAACAUUACGACAAAUCAGCAUGCAAAUAAAAGCUUAUCAUCAAGGGCAAGCACAAAUAAAUGCGAGCCUUACUCGAUUGGCUGUUUCGUGGGGAAUUAGUAGGCCAACCAUAGUAAUCCAAAAAGAAGCUCAGUUGCAGGUCGGGAAUUCAAAUCCAGAGCAAGAGCAUUCUUUUGAGGCUACCAUAGAGACACAAGAGACAAGUCCAGAAGUCUUUGACAUCAAGAUUCAAGCAAUUCAACAUCAAGACGAGGAGAGGUAUAUUGAAAUCUCGCAUAUGGAAGGUCGACUUUUGGAUACUUGUUGUGAAGAGUAUGAAGAUUUCGAUGAAGUGGAGGCGAUACAAGAUAUUCUUGUUGAAGUUCCAUAUUUGAGUGCGCAAGAAGUUGACCAACACAAUGAGGAACAAGACUGUCAUGGAGAAGAUGAAGCCACGAAAGUUAUGGAGCACUUACCAAUAGUUUCCAAAGUUGCUCAUAUGGAUUUUAUGAUUGGAGAUACUAUUUCUAAAGAGGAAGCCCGACUAGAGAAUCGACGAGAAGUUCAGAGCUACAUGGAGGGUUUUCAUCGCAAUGGUGUCUCUACAAUUCGUGGACGAAUUGUUCUUAAGAAGGGGGGAAUGAUACAAUCCUCACUACCAAGACAAUUUAAUUCAAAGGUCAACAAGAGUGGUGCUGAUCGAGGAUCAAGAUUCUGUAAAGAUUCGAGGUCGAAUCUUCUUCAAGAGAGAGGGAAUGAUGUGAUAUCGACUAGCGCGAUAUUCAAUUCUCGUGGUCCCAAAAUGAAGGUUCGAAUUCAACGAUUUAAGGAUCAACUGGGAGCAUUCUUGAUGGAUAAAAUGGAGAAUGCAUUAACGAUCCAACUUACAACAUUUCUUGGAGCCCAAAACGUCAUUCUUUUGCUGCCCAAGUCAUCCAAAUGUGAAAAGGAUAUGGAAAGAGAUUGCUUAACCACUAAGGAGCUUCCUUAAGCAUUAAAAACGUGUUUGGAGAUUACUUAGCUGCUAAGGAGCUUCCUUUGGUCAUAAAAACGAGUUAUAGUCCUUAUUUAAGUAGUAUUAUGUUUCCUAGUUAGUUUGGGAUUUGUUUUCCUAUUCCUUUUAGGCUAGAAUUAUGUUUCUAUGACCUCUAUAAAUAGAGGAUGUAAGA